AUGUCGCUCCGGCGGGCGCACGCAAUUGCGACCCAUACGCUGACCUAUGCAGUGCCCAAGACUCGCAGACCCAAGUUUGACCUAAACCUCAAAAUCGUCGACCUCACCAACGUCCCGCUCGUUUCCGGCUCAUCCUUUGUUAAAUGGCACCUCCCGCACUCUACCGCCGCCGAGCACCGUGGCCGAACCGAUAAGAGCCCCAUAAAAGACCACAAAGUCGCGUACGACUACGAAAAGACCACGUCUGUGAGGCUCACUGUCGACAAGAAUGGCAUGCUGCAGGAAUCAUGGAUACACUUCGAGGUGGUGCAGGAAUACUCGGUCGGCGGCCGGAGCGAGCGCAUUGCUUUGGGGAACGUCAAACUGAACCUGGCCGAGUAUGUGGAGCAAAGCGAAGCGGAUGGUGAAGAGGGUGUGUGCAGGAGGUACUUGAUGCAAGAGAGUAAAAUCAACAGCACGCUGAAGAUCAAUAUCUUCAUGAAGCAGACAGAAGGUGACAAAAACUUUAUAGCUCCUCCACUCAAAACCGCGCAAGUGUUUGGCGGCAUAGCCGGCAUAAUGUCCGCCGAACAGGGGGAACCAGAUGAUGUGGGGAGCACGCCUGCGCUGAGCAGUAAAUCUGGAGAAGCGGGUGAACUGCAGGACAUGUAUAGGCGAUCACUCGCGGCAUUCUGGGCAGCACAGCCCGGCGAACUCAAAGCUGAUGAGUGCAUAGAGGACAUAUUCUCAGGUGGCGACGGGUGGGGCGACAGGGACAAGGCAUACGACACUCAGUCGAAUAUGAAGACUGUGAAUGGACAGAGCAGUGAUUCCCUGAGUGAGAGCGACACGCUGUCGUCCCACAGGAGGAUGCAUCGAGGGGAAAGCCUCAGAAAAUCACAUGAGACUAUCAGGCCUGGCGAUGGCGGCCACGGAACGUCUGGAGGGGUGCGAGGAAGAGGGAGCUUAGAGCAGCAAGCACAUCACAUGAAGGUAGAGGCGGAGAGGAGGCGAGUCAGGCCUACUCGUGAGGUUGACGAGUUUGAGGUGAGAGAGGAUUUACGGAGCUGGAAACUAAGUUAG